UAUGAGCGCUACUUGAUCCCUCUCUCUUCGCUUUGCCACAGAAAAUUUAACGGUAACGGUAGUUUUUCUACAUGGCUAUUUUGCAAUCCGAAUAAAUGCAUCAUUGGUCAUUUGGUUGAGACUGAAUUGUAGGCUUUUUGAAUGUGCAAAUUAGUGGUGCAAACAGUCAUUUUAUCUCGAACACAUGAAAAGAUUUUGUCCAUGACGCGGGUGACCGUCUGUGGAGUUUUGGGAUAACUUCUUUGUACACAAGGAUAGCCAACGUUACACUGACAAGAAGACCAGGCUGAACAUGGAUUGGGGAACAGAUCUUUGGGACCAGUAUGACAUCAUUGACAAGCACACACAGUCGGGGCUGGAUCUGGUGGAGAAGUAUGUGAAGUUUGUCAAGGAACGGACAGAGAUUGAGCAAAACUAUGCCAAGCAGUUGAGGAACCUGACAAAGAAAUACAGCCCCAAAAGAGGUAGCAAGGAGGAACAGGAAUGCAGGUUUACAAACCACCAGUCCUUCCUGGAUGUCCUGAACGAGAUGAAUGACUACGCUGGCCAGAGAGAGCUGAUUGCAGAGAACAUGAUGAUGAACAUCUGCAUCGAGCUCACCAAGUACCUGCAAGAGCUCAAGCAGGAACGCAAGACGCAUCUCUCUGAGGCCAAGAAAGCGCAGCAGUCUCUGGAAAGCACCUACAAGCAGCUGGACAGUAGUAAGAAACGCUUCGAGAGGGAGUGGAGGGAAGCGGAGAAGGCCGCCCAGUAUGCGGAGAAGACAGACCUAGACAUCAACGCCACAAAGGCCGACGUCGAGAAGGCCAAGCAGCAGGCACACAUGCGUUCACACGUGGCAGAGGAGUGCAAGAACGACUACGCCGCCCAGCUGCAGAAAUACAACAAGGAGCAGUCCCAGUUCUACUUCACCGACAUGCCCCUCAUUUUCAACAAACUGCAGGACAUGGACGAGAAACGCAUACGAAGGCUGGCACAGGGCUAUGUCCUGUUUUCCGACACAGAGAAACACGUGAUGCCCAUUAUCGGGAAGUGCCUGGAUGGCAUCACCAGGGCGGGCAACAAUGUGAACGAACGCAAUGACUCCCUGGCUGUCAUUGAACAGCACAAGUCUGGCUUUGAGCGGCCGGGUGACCUGGAGUUCGAGGACUACAGCCAGGGCAUCAACCGCACCUCGUCGGAGAGCAGCCUGGGGACGCCGAAAGGCCCCUUAGACCUGCUGGGCAAAAACAAAAGCAAGCCCUUCUGGCUGUUCAGCAAGAAGAGCAAGUUCUCAUCACCACUCACGCCUUUCUCCCCCUGCCCCUCGCCUGCUAACGGACCCCCCUCCCCCAAGUUCGGCCGGGACCCCCUGUCGUACUGUUUGAAGGAGAUCAAUAAGACUGUCAAACCCCGAAUCUCGUCCUUCCGGACCCUCAGGAGAACGCCCACAGCCACAGAGGACUUUGGCCACCUGCCCCCUGAGCAGCGGCGUAAACGGCUGCAGCAGAAGAUCGAGGAGCUGGGCAAGGAGCUGCAGAAGGAGGUGGAUCAAAGUGAGGCCCUGGGUAAGAUGAAGGACGUUUACGAGAAGAACCCUCAGAUGGGCGACCCAGCCAGCCUGGCCCCUCAGAUCAACCAGACAACCCAGAACAUGGAGAGGCUGCGGGGAGAGCUCAGCAAGUAUGAGAAUUGGCUCACGGAGGCAGGAGGUCGAGGGGACACGCUGCGCUACUCAUCGCAAUCCUUCAACAAUAAUGGAGCCCAUGAUACAUACAGCCCAGACGGAGCACACUCGGAUGAGGGCACCCCAGACCCCUCGCAUGCCAUCUACGCCGAGUUUGAUGACGACUUUGAGGAGGAGGAGUUAGCCGCUCCCAUUGGCCAGUGCACAGCGCUCUAUAACUUCCCAGGUUCCAGCGAGGGCACCAUUGCCAUGCAGGAGGGCGAGGUGCUGUCCGUGGUGGAGGAGGACAAAGGAGACGGCUGGACCCGCGUGCGUCGCUCCAACGGGGACGAGGGCUACAUCCCCACCUCCUACGUCAGCAUCACCCUCAACAAGUGACCUCUGACGUCCCCGACAGACAGACAGACAGACGGGCUGCAGCAAUGUGCUGCCCCCA